AUGGCCGCCGUGGAUCCAACAUACCCCCUCUACCCUAUCGCUAGCCUCCUGGCUUCGGUAAUGUUACUCCUUGUACUAUUGACCAGCUUUGUCCGCCAGAGUUGGAACCUCGGUGUCGCCUUGCUCUGUUUCUGGCUCUUUUGGCAAAACCUCGCACAGGGCAUAAACACCAUUAUAUGGCAUGAUAAUGCAGACAUCAAGUUGUAUGUCUACUGUGACAUCGUAUCGCACAUGCAAAUGAUCGCCUCGGUCGUCAAAUCUAUGGCCACCCUGAUCAUUACUCGCCGUUUAUACAUGAUCACCAGUCUGCGGUCUAUAGAGCCCCCUACAACGGCAAAGAUGAAUUGCAAGUGGAUACUCGGUCUCGGGAUUCCUCUUUUGGUGGCAUGGCCUUUAUACUACGUCGUCCAGGGCUCUCGAUUUCAGGUCGACGAGGGUUUUGGUUGCACAAACACCCCCGACGGUUCAAUACUCAACGUCUUGCUUACCCAGUCAUGGCUAGUGAUCCCGCCUACAGUCUCAAUCACCGUCUACUAUCCUCAUGUCGCUCGCAUCUUCUAUCGCCACGGUCAAGAGAUCAAUCAUUUCCUACAGAGCAACGAUUCGGUGAACCGCACAAAUUACUUCCGUAUCCUUGCUCUUGCCAGCAUCGAUAUUCUGCUCACAUUACCUCUCGGCAUCGCGACGAUCGCCUUGAUCGUGAAAGAUUCUGUAUCUUUCGGGACCGUCCCAUUCUACUUCGGUUGGACUCAUGACCAUACGGAGUGGCAGCCGCAAAGCUAUUCCUAUGCAUCUAUUGUGUCUCAAGGGACUUCCGCUUUAGCCCAAUUCUACUUCGUAUUUUGGACUUCACCCAUCCUCGCCUUCGUCAUCUUCGGACUCUUCGGCGUCACAUCGGAGGCGCGCGCGUCGUACUGGCGCAUCAUCUGUACCAUCUGCGGGUGGAUUGGCUGGAAACCGACUCUCCCCACCCGCAGAGCACGUUCGCCGCUAGGAGACAUCGAGUUCGGCGAACGGCCCGCUCAGAACUCUAUGUCGCUAGGGCUUGACUGCGCUAAUGUCGAAUCCAAGCUACAUCAACCCGACGCCCGCGCGCAAGAACAGGAUGGAGAAGGAAGGGUUGCAAAUGAGGCAGAGAAUGGCUCGGAGAACGAUGCUAUACAGGAAGUACGCCAGAGUACUGCAGAGAAGACCUUCGACGAGCGCCCGACGCAGCCUUCCGCGUCUUCCCAGGCUGACUUCGGGGAUGUCUCGGCCGAAGUGUGA